AAACAUGCGUGUAGGCAUCCUAUUUGGUAUCAUUGGCUGUCCUGUAAUAGCAACCUUAUUCAUUAAUGUUUUACUCAUUCUUUCAUAGGUCUUCCAAAGAGAUAACCAAGUGGAUACUAGACUAACAAAAAAAGGUAAUCGGACUCCGCUGACCUGUUUAACCCUGAAUGUGAAGGAUGAAAAGCAGCAGCCUUUCCUGUGAAACAGUGCUUCAGCAAUCUUGGUAAUGCACAGCCAAGAUGACUGAACAAAGGCAACGUGCUUUGUCAACAUCAGGAGAAGCAUUGUAUCAAAUUCUGGCUGUGGAGAAAGGGGCAACACAUGAAGAAAUUAAGAAAUCCUACAGAAAAUUGGCUCUGAAAUAUCAUCCUGACAAGAAUCCUGACAAUCCAGAUGCAGCAGAUAAAUUUAAAGAGAUCAACAGUGCUCAUGCCAUUCUGACUGACCUGUCCAAGAGAAACAUCUAUGAUAAGUAUGGGUCAUUAGGGCUGUAUGUGGCAGAACAAUUUGGUGAAGAAAAUGUUAACACAUACUUCAUGCUUUCAAGCUGGUGGGCAAAGGGCCUAUUUGCAGUUUGUGGCCUCUUGACUGGCUGCUACUUUUGCUGCUGUCUGUUCUGCUGUUUCAACUGCUGCUGUGGGAAGUGUAAACCCAAAGCACCAGAAGGUGAAGAUAAUGAAUUCUGUGUGUCUCCUGAGGAUUUGGAAGAGCAAAUUAAGACAGACAUGGAAAGAGAUGGAGAAACUCCAAUUAUACUCCAGCCGACAAAUGCAAAUGAGAAAACUCAGCUAAUUGGGGACAGCCACCGCAGCUAUCACACAGACUCAUAAACUGGGAGCAAACACAGUCUGACUGCAGUUUCCA